AUGGAUGCGAUACGUGUAUCAAAGGUGCCCCACGUUACGCUCCAGAAGGGCGGCAAAUCCUUCCUCGGUACACUCCAUCUGACCGCACACCACCUUAUCUUCUCCUUUGAGGAUGCGUCUGCUCCUGAGAUGUGGAUCCCAUAUCCACUCAUCAACCUCGUAACGCGCCUGCCGCAGAACCUGCGCGGAGAAUGCCCUGUCAGUUUUCGAUGUCGGACAUUCGAGACAUUCGCGCUUCAUUUCGAAGGGGAGAGCACUGCGGUGGACGUGUUCGAGAGUGUGAAGGAACUGACGGUAGCAGCGGACGUGAAACAGCUCUACGCGUUCUUCUACUCUCCGAAUCCACCUCUGCCUACCAAUGACGGAUGGUCGAUCUUCAACCCUCGAAAGGAAUUCGGCCGCAUGGGCGUCGGCACACGCUCAAAGGCGUGGCGCUUCACCGACAUAAAUAAGGACUAUACGUUUUGUCCUACAUAUCCAGCACGCAUGGUCGUUCCGACCCGCAUCAGCGACGCUACAUUGCAAUACGCGGUGAAGUACCGCAGCAAGGGCCGAAUACCAGCGCUCACCUACCUCCAUUGGGCAAACUACGGCAGUAUUACGCGCUCCAGUCAGCCUCUAGUCGGUCUGACGAACGCAAGGUCCGUUCAGGAUGAGAAGCUAGUCGAGGCGGUUUUCCAGUCACAUCAAGCGCCCGAGUCCCGCGCAGGAACGGCGUCCCCGCCAGCCGCCAUCUAUGGUGCCACAGCUACGAACCUUAUCAUAGACGCACGGCCCACGACGAAUGCGAUGGCCAAUACCGCGAAGGGCGCCGGGACCGAGAAUAUGGACUACUACAAGGAGUGCCGCAAGGCAUACCUCGGAAUCGACAACAUUCACACGAUGCGAGACUCGCUCAACAAGGUCGUCGAGGCACUGCGAGAGACUGAGAUGCUUGCCACCAGUAUGAAUAUCGGAGGGUCAUCCAUGCUUCCCGUGGAUCGUCAAGCUCUGCGCCGCUCAGGCUGGCUCAGACAUCUCGCGUCUAUUGUUGAAGGCACCCUUGUCAUUGUCCGCAACGUACACGUGAACUCCUCACAUGUCCUCAUUCACUGCUCCGACGGCUGGGACCGAACAUCUCAGCUCUCUGCUUUGAGCCAAAUCUGUCUCGACCCGUACUACCGGACUAUGCGCGGCUUCCAGGUGCUGGUGGAGAAGGACUGGCUUGCUUUUGGGCAUCGCUUCCUCGAUCGUUGCGGGCACUUGUCUUCAGACAAGUUUUUCAUCGCGCCAGCGGAAGGUACCACAGAUGGCGCAGCCGGGGGAGCAGGUGCAUUCUUCGCGAGUAUGCAGAACCGCUUCGGCGGCAAUCAUCACAUCAAGGAGACCAGCCCCGUAUUCCAUCAAUUUCUCGAAUCCGUGCGCAAUGUACAACGCCAGUUUCCCGAACGCUUCGAAUUCAACGAGCAAUACCUUCGCGACUUAUACUACCACCUAUACUCGUGCCAGUUCGGCACAUUCUUGCUCAACUCUGAAAAGGAACGCCGCGAGACGACUCUAUACGAACGCACGGUGACCGUCUGGGAUUACAUGAACUCAAAACGCGAGUCAUACAUAUACGCUGACUUCAACCCCGAGCUCGACGAUCCUCAACGGCGCGAAGCUGGUGCGGACCAAGGUGUGCUUCUCCCGGACCCAAAAGACCUGCGGUUUUGGAACGAGCUGUACGGUCGUGGAGACGAAGAGAUGAAUGGACGCUUCGUGCAAGCGCAGGUGCUCGCAGCAUCCGAACUUGCAGGGCCUAUCGAGACGGCGGAAGAGGACCCGGCAAUUCCCGGCCCGGGUGUCGGAGAGAGUCGUUCGCCGAUCGCGGCACUGGCGUCUCUGCCGGUACCUCCUCCUCCUGUCAGUCCUGGGACCAGCAGUAGUAUGCUUGAGCUCGGCUCCCCACCCCGUCACGAACCAGCAAUGCCCAUCAGUCGCUCGCAGACGCUAUCGCCACCACGUCCGGCGCCAUCUCCGAGUCGUCUGAGACCCGCUCCCGCAGCGGCGCCUACAUCGGAUCUCUUCUCUUCCGCUGGCGCUGGCGCCCGAAGCGUUUGGGGUCGACUAUCUUCUAACGCCAGCACGGCGUUCACGUCGCUGCAAGGGGCGUACGAUGGCCUUGCGAAAGACUUGCGUCAGAUGAAUGUAGCACCUCCCUCACCGGAUCGUGCCGGAUCGACCUCUGCUGGCACAGGAGGUGGUGAACUGAGGGGGCGCGAUGAGUUGGGUGCGUGGGGAACUACUAGAACGGAACGGUUCGAGCCGCAGCGGGUUGAAGAGGCCGUGCGCCCUAGCACAUUCUCCGCUGGAUCUACCUUCAGCGGCAACCCAUGGGCGACAACGAAGGAACCGGUUCCACCCUCGCCCUCAACCCAAGGGCCGUCUAGGCAUCAGCCUCGCCUACCCUCAAGUCUAUUCGAUGACCCUUGGGGGAGUGUCGGCGCGCGGCCAGCGCCUACUCGACCGUCGGCGACGUCACCCUGGGAAAAGAUGCACGACGAUGCCCUACCCACGGACCCGACCGUGACCGUGGUGCAGCCAACACCUAGACGUGUGGCAUCGAAUACCGCCCCAGAGCCUGCUCAGAAAGUCGAGGCGCCCAGCGCGCAACAGCCGUCCGAUCUGGAUCUGGAUCCAUUAGGCGUAUGGAAGACUUGA